AUGACGCCCUUGCGGGCGCAAGCACUUCUCGAGCCAGAGGACAGCUCCUCCUCGGACUUUGUCGAGUCGCCCGAGGAGGAGUCUUCGCCGGAGGUCUCCGACUCCGCUGGGGGAAACCCUUCGAGUGGCGCCGACGACCGGCGCGGAGCUGGCGAGGCGUCUCCGUCCCUCACUGUGACGUCGGGUGCCUCCGGAGAGCUCGACACCACUGGGGUGCUUGCUGCUGGUCCGAGCUCGCCUGCUUCCUCCCCGGCAUCGGUCGGGUCACGCCGGUCCUUGGGCAUUGCUGCGGCGUCGCCGCCGUCACGGGCGGUGUUGGUCUCGGCUACCGCUGACUCGGAGGCUAGCGGUACCGUGUUCCUACGGAUUUUCUGGCAGAAGCUUCUCGCUGUGGACAGGCACCUCGCUCCCGAAAAGAACCAGCACUGCUGGCAUCCAGACGCGGCAUCGCCAGCCCAAGCGCGAAGCCGCGCAGACAAGCAGCCUAAGGCGCAAUGUUUGCGAAUCUUCUCAGACGCUGCAACAUGGAGGGCGUCGAGGAACAAGCUGAACCGGCAGGUACACAGUCGGCACUUCGUGCCUGAUGACGGCCCUGCUGCUGAGGUCUUGGCUCGCAAACGCGCCGCCACCUAUCAGCGCCUCACUAUGCAGCUGACGCUGGAAGCGCUCUUGUCUGGUGCGAGGCGCAUGACGCCCUUGCGGGCGCAAGCACUUCUCGAGCCAGAGGACAGCUCCUCCUCGGACUUUGUCGAGUCGCCCGCGGAGUCUUCGCCGGAGGUCUCCGACUCCGAUGGGGGUGUAUAG